UAUUAAUUAUUAUAAUAUAUGUAUUAUUUACUUAUUCAACGAUGGAGAAGGAAAGGUUUACAAUGCUUCUUUUGGAACCAGGAGAAAUAUUUUUUGAAGAUUAUAGUGUUCAAAUGAAAAAGCUAGACGCUCAAUUUUCUAAAGAUAAGAAGUGGAUGGAGGGAAGAUUGAAAUUAUGCUCAAAAUCUUUAGUAUUUGUAAAUAAAGAUAUUAAUCAGCCAUUAAUUAAACUUCAACUUAAAGAAACUACAUUAAUUGAGCAAUGUACAUUAAGCAAUGAUAUAGUAAGUAAUAUACUAUCAAUAGAGUGUAAACAACAUGUGGAAAUGUUGGAGAAAAAUAUAUUAGCACCGUAUAGAUUUAUACAUCAGAAUACUAUAUUCCACUUUUGUUUCAAUUAUGCAAAAGUAGAAGAUUGUCUUUCACAGAUCCUACAAUUGCAUAGAGCAGCAAGUUUAGUAACUAUAGAACAAAAUGCUAUGAUUAUGGCUAUUGUACACUCUAGACAAUCACGUGUAUCAUUUGAUACGUCAUGGCUUGAGGAUCUAUAUGAACAAGUGAUUUUGGAAACACAAGCAAAUAAAGUUUUACCACUUGUAAUAAAUCCAGGCAGAGUAUUAUUGACCAACUCGAGGAUCUAUUUCCAACCUUAUAACAACAUGGAUCAACAUCCUGUUCUUAAGAUUCAACUGAAAGAUAUACGAAAUAUUAUAAAAAGAAGAUUUUUAUUGCGACAAGUGGGUCUGGAAAUUAAAUGGAUAAGACAAACUGAUAGCAAAAUUAAACAUUUAUUUUUAUCGUUUCAAAAUCAAGAUGGCAGAGACAAACUAUAUGAAAAUUUACUUAAACAAUCGGCGGUUUCUCUUGAGACUGUACCACAAAAUCAAAUGACAAUGAGAUGGCAAAAUGGAUCUUUAUCGAAUUAUGAUUACAUUUUAUAUGUAAAUAGUUUGGCAGAUAGAACAUUUCAUGAUUUGACGCAAUAUCCAGUGUUGCCUUGGAUUAUACAAGAUUAUACUUCUUCAAUGUUAAAUUUAAAUGAUAUUAAUGUUUACAGAGAUCUUUCAAAACCUAUUGGCGCAUUAAAUCCUAUUCGUCUAGAAAGGCUAAAGGAACGAUAUUCGGAAAUGUCUGAUCCGAAGUUUUUAUAUGGUUCUCAUUAUAGUGCACCAGGUUUUGUACUGUUUUACCUAGUACGGAAAUACCCUCAGUAUAUGCUCUGUCUUCAAAACGGAAGAUUUGAUCAUCCAGAUAGAAUGUUCAACAGUAUAGCUGACGUGUGGAAAAAUGUUUUGGUGAACAUGUCUGACUUUAAAGAACUGAUACCGGAGUUUUAUGACACAAACAAUGGUGGUGACUUUCUAAUAAAUAAUUAUGGUAUUGACUUUGGCUAUCGACAUGAUGGUACAAAAAUAGGCGAUGUACAACUACCUCCUUGGGCAAAAGGACCAGCCGAUUUUGUACAACAAUUGAGAAAUGCCUUAGAAAGCGAUUACGUUUCUCAAAAUCUUCAUCAUUGGAUUGACCUAAUUUUUGGAUAUAAGCAAAGAGGAGUUGAAGCUGAUAAGGCUGACAAUGUAUUUUUCCAUUUGUGUUAUGAAGGAGCAGUAGAUUUAGAUACUAUACGAGAUAUAAAUGACAGACAUGGUCUCGAAGUGCAAAUAAUGGAGUUUGGACAGAUACCAAAACAAGUUUUCACUUUACCUCACCCCAAACGUUUGACAUUAGCUCCAAAUUUAUUAUACAGUGAAACAUUAUUGACUUCACCAGACACAAUAACUUCAGGUAGUGCACAUGUAAGCAAAAAAUCAAUUGAUUUUACUGAAUUAGUAAUGUUUCAAGCACAUAAAGACUGUGUCACCAGUAUUGUACGAAAAAAUAAAACGAGUAAUGAAAUUAUAUCAGUAGGACAAGAUGGAAUGCUUAAACUGUAUAACAUAAAUGAGAAGAAAUUGACACGUAGUGUUACCUUGUCCUCGUUGUCACUGUCAUCUUGUAUCUCAUACUGUACGCUAUCGCAACGAAACAUUCUUGUAGCAGGAUCAUGGGACAAUACUUUGAUAUUUUAUGAUAUCGAAUUUGGCAGAGUAAUUGAUGUUCUACAAGGACAUGAAGAUGCUGUAUCGUGUUUAGCAUGGAGUUCUACUCAUCAAGUGAUUAUAUCUGGAUCGUGGGAUUGCACUGCAAAAGUUUGGCAUGAGUACACUUCUGGAUCAAAAAUUAAACCUUUGGAAUGCUUUAUCGCACAAUUAGAUCAUGAUUCCAAAGUAAUUUGUAUUAAUAUAUCAAGAGACGACACUAUGUUAGUAUCUGGUACAGAAGAUGGCGAAUUAUGUUUAUGGAGCAUGAACAGUUACAAUUUACAAUCAACUAUUAAAGGUCACACAUGCAGAGUAAACGCUGUAACCUUCGAUAAACAAUGCAGUAGCGUCAUAUCAUGUGCAGAAGACAAAGUAUUAAAUAUAAUCGAUGUCCGAACAAGUACACAGAUAUAUUCAGUCAGUUUAGAAAGCGAACCAUUGACAUUAACAUGGAUGGGAAUGUUCUUGCUAAUAGGCGAUAACGAUGGAAAUCUUAAUAUCUGGAAUCAUCAGGAGACUGUAUUCAUUCCGCAAAUACAUUGCCACGAUGGACCGCUUUGCGCCUUGGCUGUAAUUGCAGAUAGUAAUUUGAUAAUAACAGGUGGAAAAGACAGAAAAGUCAUCAUAUGGAAAUGUCAUGAUCACUGACAUAGUAUUACAAAUAAUCACUAUCAGUGUAUAAGAAAAAUUAUAGAUAUGUAAAUAUAUAUAGACUUUAAA